GACGUCAGAGCGUCUGAUGGACGUCCAGCGUCCUGCAGAUCAUCAUGAAGUCUCUGGACCGGACUCUGAUCCGGACGGUGGACCGGACUCUGGAGGGCUGGCCUGUGAUCAGUGUGAUUGGAUCCACCUGCUGCUGCUCAUAUAAAGCAGGUGAGCAGACAGGUGAGGUGAGCAGACAGGUCAUCAUGUCGGCCAUCAGAACCAGGUCAACGCUGCAGAAUCUGGUUCUGACCCCGGAGCGGAUCCCGGCCUUCCUCAUCCCGCCCCGCAGUCCUCUCCUCUUCCUCUCUCCCCGUCUCCAUCGGAGCUCACCGGACCGGACCGGACUUCUGUCCGACCACGAUGACGACAGUCCCGGACUGAGCCCCGUGCCCCGUCCGGCCCUGCUCCGCCUCCCGCCGCGGGUCCGGCUCCCCCGCCGCUCCGCCGCGGACGCGGACACGGACCUGACGACGCGCGCGGCCAUGUCGCUGCCGCACGUGGGGAAGGUGACCACGCCCUACGGCUUCCGUGCCGUGCUGACCGCGAGCCCGUGCACGCACCGGCGGGAGUCCCUGUUUCACAAGAACAAAGCAGUGCCGGUCCCGGACGGUGACCUGCAGGACCCGGCUGACCCGGACCCCGGUCCUGGUCCUGGUCCUGAUCCCGGCAGGUCCCGGGUCCCUCUGCGCCUGCAGGUGCUGAAGCAGCUGAGGAGACCUGCAGCUGCCCUGAAGGCCACGAGGAAGACACGCCCCCGCUGACGUCACAUCGACGUGACCAUGUGGUUUUAAUUUGAAGGUUUUAAUAAAUUUUAAAGUUGU